UUUAAAUUUUCUUGAUCCAAACAGUCCUCUGAUAGCCCAAGUUUAAAAUUCAACAUUCAUUUAUUAAAUAGAUUAGUACUUAUAAAAUGUUUUGGAUUUUGAUAAACUGCUUUGGUAUAAGUGUCUGCAUAUGGGUUUAUUAUAAAUGGACAAGAGUGAAGCGAUAUUGGGCAGAGAAGGGGGUACCUCACCUAACCCCACAUCCAAUACUGGGAAGUUUGAGUUUUUUGCAAAGGGAAAAUCCGGGCGUCUGGAUGCGCAAAAUAUAUGAGAACCAUAAACACCCUUACUUGGGUGCGUGGUGGUUCUGGAGACCAGCUCUCAUUGUCAACUCACCGGAUAUCGCUCGUAAUGUUCUUGUCAAAGAUUUUCCUGUAUUUCGGGAUAGAUUUCUUAGCUCGGGAAAGACAGACCCUAUUGGAGGACUCAAUUUGUUUACAACAAAUGACCCACUCUGGUCGUGGAUACGUCGACGCCUCGCUCCAAUUUUCACAGCAUCGAAGUUGAGAGCCUUGCAAAAUUUGUUUGAUACGAAGUCCAAGGAAUUGAUUCAACGCAUCAAUAAUGAGAAGGAUAAAACUAAAAUUAAUUUAAAAAUUGUAUUCACUGACUUCACAACGGACAUUAUCGGGAUAGCCUCAUUCGGUAUCGCAAGUGACUCUACACUAACAGGGGAGGGCCCUAUGAGGACGGUCACUCACGGUUUUAUGAACUUUGACCUCUACAGAGGCUUAUGCUGGAGCAGUAUAUUCUUCUGGCCAGAAUUGGUUGAUAUAUUCAGGUUUUCAUUUUUUCCUAAAUCAACUACCGAUUAUUUUUUGAGAAUUUUUCGAAGUAUUGCGCAAGAAAGAGCGAAUAAAGGGGAUGACGAGCCUAAAGAUCUUAUGGAUGCUUUGUUGAAGCUAAGAAAUAAAACAAUUGAUGAUGAUGAAGACAUAGAAGUAUCUGAAGACGUCAUAGUCGCUCAAGCUGCUGCUUUUGUAUUGGGAGGAUUUGAUACUUCUGGAAGUUCACUUACUAUGGCCAUAUAUGAAUUAGCGUUUCACCCCCAAAUUCAAGAUAAACUUUAUAAAGAAAUUAAGCAGGAAGUAGAUGAUGGAACGGGUAUCCUUAACGUAACCAAACUUGCAGAGGCCACGUACUUAAAUUGUGUUAUCAAAGAAACACUACGAAAAUUUUCUCCAAUGGGUUGGUUAGAUAGAGUAGCACUGAACGACUAUAGAGUUGACGAAAACCUGAUCAUAUCGGCGGGUACUCCAGUAUAUAUCAACGCCAUCGGAAUGCAGUAUGAUCCUGAGCUUUUCCCAGAGCCAGAACGUUUUAUUCCAGAGAGAUUUUUGCCAGAAAAUAAGAUGGAUAUUAAAAGUUUUACUUACAUGCCUUUUGGUGAUGGACCACGCAAUUGCAUAGGUCAAAGAUUUGGUUUAAUGACACUACGCCAUGCUAUCUCCCGGAUCAUCCUGAAUUAUACAUUGGAACCUCUUCCUGGAUCACCACCUCCGAAUGAGAUUGAGAUUGAGAAACGUGGUCUAUUUCUUUUCCCUGGAGAGCCGUUACAUGUCCAAUUUUUGCCAAGAGAAUAAAUCCCUGAAGAUAUUUCUUUAUUGAUGUGAAAACUUCAUUAGCGCGGUACGCAUAUUUUUAGAUGAGAUAAAAUCUCUGGACUCGCCACACCGUUACGAGACGCAGCUAUAGUGUGAGCAUAUAUGCAUGUAGAUAUAGCAGACCGCGAACGCAUAAAUAAAAUGUAGAUAUAUUAUAUAUUUAUUAUUAUAAUGUAAUAUAAUAAUAUUAUUCGAAUCAAA